AACCAACAUGCAAGUAACCCCUCCCCCUCUUCCCCUCCUAUGCUCGCCUAGGUAACGUGUGUGAGAACUCAACCCCAGUUAGAGCUUUAACAUUAACGAGUCGACUGAGGGCCUUGUCUCAGGCUGUCACGCUCUUUCAACCAACGGCGGGCAAUUCUAAUUCUAGGCAAACGCCGCACCCAUGCGGGGUUAGGGGCCUUUUGCUCAACCAACAGCGAAUCUGAAAGGCAAAGUGCAGAUUUCUUGACGGAGUUGCAGAUGCUAAGAAUCCCCCCUCUUCCAGGUUGUGAGGAUUCAACGAAAGAUAAAAGGGUGGGAGGUUGGCUGCACCUUCCCGCUCGCCGUUUCCCAAAUAUCCAACCGAUAACUGGAAGCUACCUUACCUACCAAACUCACACUACCAACACUCUCAGUAAACGAUCAUGGGAACCCGACAUCUCAUCUGCGUCUUCUGGAAGGGUAAAUGGUUCAUCGCCCAGUACGGCCAGUUCGAUGGCUACCCGGAAGGCCAGGGCGUCAAGAUCUUCAACUUUUUGUCAUUCGCCCGCAACGUCGAGAACCUCAAGGUCGGCCUGGAGAACCACAUCUACGAGCCAAGCAAUGAAGAGAUCAAUGCCAUCUGGGUUGAGUGCGAGGCCUGGGAUGAGAACCGGCGCGCCCAGAACCUCAUAGAUAAACCCCACAUGUUCGGCAUCAACCAGCUCUACCCAAGCCUGGCGCGCGAAACCUCAGCUGGAAUCCUGGGAGUCAUCGCCCGGGCGAGCCAGGCCGAGGAGACGGAUGAAGCCGAGGGUGAUGAGGAUAAGGAGCCGAAGAAGGUCCCCGUGAAGCUGGAGCUGGAAUUUGCCAAUGAUACCCUCUUUUGUGAGUGGGCCUAUGUCAUCGACCUCGACAAGGAGGUGUUGGAGGUCUAUGGUGGGGGGGAGCCAAAACACGAUGGCCAUCGGUUCAAGGACGUUGGCGAAGAGAGGGCCAGAGUCCCUGCAUUCAUCUGUUCGCUCGACUUUUCUGAGAUGUACCUGAUGAAGGGCGACCAGGAGUUUAUGGAAAAGAUCAAAAAGGCCAUGGGCGAACAAUCUGAUAACGAAGAAAACGACGACGCGGAAGGUGAGCUCGUCAACCCUGAGGGGAGCGAGAAGGGCAACCCUUAAGGAAGGAAACAGAACAGUGAUGGAAGAUAGACGGAUCCCUUCAAGAUAAAUUACGGAUGUUGGCCAUUGUGAGAUCUCUCACGUCGUGUUCAUGGGGAAGAGAGGGUCACUCAGCGGCAUUGAAGAUUGGUCGGCCCAGAGGGAGUCAGUGAGAGCCAGGCACCGAGGGAGGUCAACUCCCUGGUUAGGGGCGUUGCCCCUGGUG